AGGAAUACUCUGUUUUCAUGUGUUGAUGGUGAAGUUGAUAAUCAUAUCCAAUCCAAUGAUGAAUUUGAUUUGGGAAAAGGUGAUUCAUUGGAGGUUGAAAAUUUUACUUUCCAUGAUGAACCCAUCUUACAGUUAGAUGACAUUGUUAGAAGCUGUUUGGGGGAAAUUCUGGCUAAUGAAAUUCACCAAGAAUUCUUUGAAGAAGAAAGUAUGAGUUCUAAAGUAUCAUUUUUUGAUAGAGAAUUUGAAUCAGAAGCCUCAUGUAAGAUGUUGGUGAAUGAUGAAUACAUCCAA